CCGUCGGCGCUGCUGCGUCCCGGCCGGGGUUCCCCCGCCUUGAGGGACCUUCGGGGCGGCUGUCCCGGCAGCUCCGGUGCCUCGGUGCCGGCGGAGAUGGAGCAGCGCCUGGCUGAGCUGGUGGAGGAGCUCACCACGUCGGGGGAGCCGCAGCUGGAGCCCGGCAGGAUGAAGGAGCUGAAGAAGAUCUGCAAGUACGGCCGGAGGGAGGGACGGAGCCGGGCCCGCUGUUGUCCCCAGGUCGUCGGAGGAGCACAUCAGCCACGCGUACCACCUGCUGCUGACGCGGCUCCGAGAGGAGCACGCCGAGAUGCGCUUCUCCGCCUUCCAGGUGGUGCAGGAGCUGUUCGCCAGGUCCCACCACUUCAGGACGCUGCUCAUCUCCAACUUCCAGGAGCUCCUGGAGCUCACGGUGGGCAUAGACCACGAGCAGCCGCUUCCCCCGCCCAAGGAGGUGGCGCAGAAGCUGAGGAAAGCAGCCAUCAAGGCAGUGCAGGACUGGCACGAGAAAUAUGGGGAAGCCUACAAGCAGCUUUCCCUGGGAUACCACUUCCUAAAGCAGAACAAGAAGGUACUCGGCGCUUUUUACUCCACUGUGUGGUAUCAGGUGAUGAUCACCAGGAGAUGUUUAAAGUGGAUUUUCAGGAUGUGCAUGCCAGAACUGUGGCUGAAAGGAGGAGGGAAGAGGAGAAGCAAAAACGACUGGAGAACAUUUACAAAGAAAAAGUCAAAAGAACUGAAAAAGAAGUGGAAGAACUGUCCCAAGAGAUUGCUGAUACACUGACAGAGAUGGAAAACUGUUUCCAGCUGCUGAUGCCAGAUCCUCUCAAUUUUGGGGUGAACGAGAUUGACCCUGAGCUCAGCAAACAAACAUCUGCUAAUGAGGCUGGACCUGCAUCCCCCUUGUCCUCCCAGGGAGAAGUUACCCCAUCCUCUGUGGGGUGCAUGGAUGAUGAGCAGCCCUGCUGCAGCAAGGACAUUCUGCCUGUUUCUCAGUGUGUUACAGCUGAUGGAAACAAGGAGGCAGAUGAGAAGGCUGAGCAAGAAGAGCUGGAUGGAGGCACAGGCUCAGAUGGUCGAUACAGUGGCCCUGCUCUUGAUGAUGAUGAUGAUGAUGAUGAUUACCAGACUUUUGUUAGGAACCAUGGGCUUAUUUCACAUAAAUAUACUCUAGACCUUGAAAUCUCCACAGAUAUAAAAGUGCAAGAGAAUGAAGACAAUACUGCUAUCAUAAACAGUGUCAUGGAUGCUCACAAACUUCUCAGAAAUAAGUUCUGGCCUUCUGUGCAGUCCUGGAUUCAGCUACUUACCAGAGCAGGAGUCAAUGAUGAUAGGCUAAGACGUGCCAUUGAACUCAAGAAUAAAAUGGAGACUGCUAUGAGGAAAUACAAGGAAAUGGACAUUUCCUUUAAAGCAAGAAAAAGAAAAGUGAUGAAAGCCUCAGAUGAUGAUGAUGAGGAUGAAGAUGAGUUUGUGGAGGUCCCUGAGAAGGAAGGUUAUGAGCCCCACAUUCCAGACCACCUGCGGAAGGAAUAUGGGCUUGAACCUCAGUCACCUCCAAAAGCCCCAGUGGCAAAGGCAUCAACAGGAGCAGCUCUGCAGAGCUCCCACACUCGGCUCAAAGGGAACGAGGACGAGCUUGAUCCAACCUGUGCAGCUGCCACCCUGAAACUCCUCAGAGACAAACUCCCAAAGCUACCAUCUCCUCAUGCCAGUGAAUCUGCAACUUCUGAGACAUCAAACUUGGAAGAUCCUGACAGUAAAAGAAGAAAAUUAGAAGAAAGAGCUAAAGCUCCCCUCAUGCCUUUUGGAUUAGAUCUUCACUACUGGGGAGAGGAUCAGCCAAGUGCUGGGAAGAUUCUCAAAUUUACCUCCGAGCAUCGAUUUUGGGCACCCAGUGAGGUAGAAGAAGAGGUGGAAAAUAAAGAAAUAACAGAAAUGUUAAAAACCAGGUAUAUAACAUUUGCUGGCAAGUUUGAGCCAGUGAAACAUAAAUGUCGAGCACCCAUGCCUGAUGGAACUCUGUGUGAAAGACAAGAUCGGAUCAAGUGCCCUUUCCAUGGAAAGAUAAUUCCUCGGGAUGACUCUGGGAUUCCUGUAAAUGCAGAGGACAGAGCCAGAGAAGAAAAGAUGAAGUUUGAGAAGCAAGCAGCCCAGCCAGAGUGGAGAGAUCCAGAAUUCAUGAGAGAAAUUGAAGCUGCUACAGGACUGGAUCUUGGUUCCUCUAAAAGUAAUGGAAAAGGACAGAAAAAGAAAGGGAAGAAGCAAAAAUAUCCGAAUCUGACAGACCUGAAGCAACAGGCUAACACGUCUCGUUCCCGCCUUGAGAAGAAAGUCUUCAAUAAAGGGGCCAUGAAACGGGUCAUGAAAGCCAUGAACCGGGUGGACCAAAGGAAGCACGAGAAGUUUGCCAACCAGUUUAACUAUGCACUGAAUUAAAUUCUUAAUCACCUCUGCCCUUCUUUAUUACAAGAGUGCAACUGCAAAACCCUUAAUCAAAGAUAUUUGUAUUUACACUACAAUACUUUGCUAAGCACGUUUUUAUGGGUGUCAUUUUUAAAUUGUUUCCAAGUUUAACUUAUUUGAUAGAGAAUAUUAAUUUUGGAAAAGAUGUGGUGCUGUGGAAUUGAAUGCAUCUAAAAAAUUGAUAAUUAUUUGAAAUAUGCAUGAAAUAGAGAUGUUUUAUGACUUGUACAUAAUUUGGAUAAACUGUUCGUGUUUUGGGGCUUGUUCUUUUCCUUCCUAAGGGACUCAUGUAAUUUAUACUUCCUUUGACAGUAUGUAUGUUUAAUUUUCCACUUCCAGGCCUUCAGGGAAAAAGAUACUUUAAAAACAAUUUGAUUGCUGCCAGGGAGGGCAAUGCACAGAGCAUUUUCUCAGCCUUCUGUACUAACAGAGCCACACCAAGCAGCACAGCAGCUCCUGCAGCACCUCUACAAAAACCUUGGUGCACAGUAAAAAAAUCCAAGUCAAUUGAUGCCUUCAGAUGAUAAAUGGAGCAGAGUUUGAUUUCUGCAAACUGAAUUCCAGGGGCUAAGUCAGUCUUGGUAGCUGUGGCACAGAUGGGAAAGCUGAAAUGGCCAAGAUCAUCCUGGCCUGCUUCUUCCCAAAAUGGCAUCCCAGUAUCUCUCAGAGCUGCUCCUGGGCAGCACAAAAUCUGUACAGGUACACAGAAUGUGCUCCAGUUGAACUGCAGUCAAAAAAGCUCCAGUAUCAGGUGAAAAUGAGAAGUUUAAGAAAAUCACUCAAGUGACACAAGUGAACUGCCUGGCUUGGAACAGAUAAAAUUACAGCAGGCUAAAGCCCCAGAGUCUAAGGACCUAGCUAUAAACACAAGCACCUGGAAUCUUCUAACUCCACAGAGUUAAUGUACAUUUGGAUCCACUGUGGGUUGUAGUUCUUGGCUGGGUACUUAAACAAAUCUCCCAAACUUGUUUGCUGGCUAUAGUCCAGCUUAAGGAGAGAGAAUGAAACAGUGACCAGUUGUGCUCUUACAGCACUUCUUACAGCUUUCUGGGUAAAGAAAAUCCAGACAAUCAGGAGGGUUAUGUUUGAAAAUCAAUUUCAAAGUGACCUGCAAAAGUCUCUAAUAAUUGCAGAGUAGAAUGGAUUCUCUAUAGCACAGGCUACUCACCUGUUGGAGGUGUUUUCUCAUGUGUAAAGAGACUCUUAAGAUUUAAAAUUGGGAAAAUUUUAACAACUCAGUGUAGCUUCUGAUCACCUCAGACAAAAGCUAAUUUACAGUUCUGCCAAAUACUUUCUGACUUGCACAAGUACUGCAUAGAAAGCAAUUAAUGCUGUCUUUUGAUAAUUUAUCUUGCAAGAGCUCUCUCUUCAUAUUUUGUUCUUCAACACGUUGAUAUACUUCAGAAAUACUGAAAAUAAAACAAUAAAGAGGCAGAA